AGCAUCCAAGCUAUUCUACAUUUACUGCUCAAGAUGGCGCCCGCGCAACCUGAGCUCAAGAAGUACCUCGACAAGAGACUGUUCGUUCAAUUGAACGGCAGCCGAAAGGUCAUCGGCGUCCUCCGCGGUUACGAUGUCUUUCUGAACAUCGUUCUCGACGAGGCGGUGGAGGAGAAGGACAAUGGCGAGAAGGUCAGAAUCGGCAUGGUUGUCAUCCGCGGCAACUCAGUGGUGAUGCUCGAAGCGUUGGAACGAAUCGGCGGAGACGACCGACGAGGAGACCGAUAAACCCCCCUGGCGGCAGUGGAAGCACAGGAAGAGAUGAUGGAUAUUAUAUGAUCUUUAUUGGCGUUAAGGUCGAAAAUUGAGACACGUUCUUGCGGAAACUUUGCUUGGGAACACGUCUAAUAGACAAACAAGAGAGAAUAACCCUCGACUGUUAUACUGUGCCCAUCCUCACUCUUUCUUCUCCCAGGCCUUUUCGUCGUAAAAGUCCAUCAACUGGCCAUCGUAUGCCUUUUGCCAACCCUUGAUUCCUCCGGUCAGAAUUUCAGCCUUGAUGUCAGUUUCACCAACCUCGUCGAGGUAGUCCUGCAUCCACCUGGCGCAUCGUGGACCACGGCCAUUGGAGCUCCCUGGAGUAUUAUGAGUGACGGAUUGGAGUAGCCUCUCGGGACAAUAAAGUACUUACCGCAAUAAAAGAUAAUUCUCUUGAUA